GUGCCCGCCCCUCCAGAACGCGGCGGCGGCGGCGCCGAGUGGAGCCGAGAUCGAGAGUAGAGCUUGCCGCCACGCCGCCGCUGGCCCCCUGGCCCCCCGACCCGUGGCCCCCGGCACCAUGUCGGUGGAGCUGGAAGAAGCCGAUCUGCCCCUGACCGAGGCGGAGGAGGCGCCCCUGGGCCCGGAGAAGAAAGGAGCCGCUAGGAAGGCGAAAGGCGGCGGCUCCUCGCUGUCGCCGUCGAAGAAAAAGAAAAACAACAAGAAAAAAAAUCAGCCGGGCAAAUAUAGCCAGCUAGUGGUGGAGACGAUCCGCAAGCUGGGUGAGCGCAACGGUUCUUCGUUGGCUAAGAUUUAUAAUGAGGCCAAGAAGGUGGCCUGGUUCGACCAGCAGAACGGCAGGACCUACCUGAAGUACUCCAUCAAGGCGCUUGUGCAGAACGACACGCUGCUCCAGGUCAAGGGCACCGGCGCCAACGGCUCCUUCAAGCUAAAUAGAAAGAAGCUGGAAGGCGGCGGCGACGCCGGCGCGGGCAGCAGCGCCCACAAGUCCCACAAGAAGGCGACGGCGUCCACGUCCCGGCGGGCGGAGAAGCCGGCGGCUGGGAGCAGCAGGAAGCCCGAGAAGAAAUCCCACAAGAAGGGAGCUAGCGGCGCGGCGGCGAGAGACAAGGGCAAAGCCAAGAAGGCCGCUAAGAAGGGAGCCGCUUCGCCCGGGGGCAAGAAGGUGAAGAAGUCGGCAAAGCCCAAGGCGCUCAAGAGCAGGAAGGCAUGAGAGCGGGGAAGGCGUCCCCGCCGUCCCCGGACUGUGGGCCCCGCGGCACGGACUGCGCUGAGGACGGACCCCAGGGACCCGCUUUGUCUUUGUGUCGCUGACUCGGCUCCGCAGCCGCCGCUGUGCGCAGUGAGCGGGGCUGCGGCCGCCCCCCCUUCCCUCGGCUUCUCCCCCAUCGCGCCCUUUUGGUUUUUUUUUCCUCUUUGCCGUGCCCUUCCCCUCGUGUAGACGGUUACCGACCCCUCCCCAUCUCCUUCCCCCUUUCCCGGUGCUUCACAGGGUUGUUGUUUUUUUUUGCCCCAGCCCGGUUUCCAUAGCAGCCAUUUUGCGGCGCCGCCGCUCCCGCUGCGCCACGUGGGCCGCGUCCCGGCUUCCCGCGCCCCCGCCCGCUGCCAUUUCGAAACGCACCGGCGCCCCCUAUUGGCUGUGGC